GUCUGAAAAAUUUUGAAGGGAAACUGCAGUAAAUAAAAGUAUCACCGUCUCCAGAAGCUUUUGGAAAAGGAAAAGUAUGGAAACUUCGGUCAAGAAACGUGAAAGUUGACAGCCUUAAACCGGAAAAAUAACAAAGAGAAGGCAUUGCGGAUUUAGGCUUUAAUUUCUUACUCCCAGGCCAUUUUCUCCCUGUUUCUGAGGGUUGCUUAGAGGCAGAAUGACAGCCCAAACUCCUUAAUUUGGCCUGAAAACCCUCGAAUUUUGGAUAUUAAGUCUCAGACUUCUUACUGAUUUAAAAGAAGUCUCAGACUUAUUACGGAUUUCAAAGAAGUCUCAGAUUUCUUGGAUUUGGUAAAUAGCAAUGGCCUGGUUUAGAGCUGGGUCUAAUGUGGCUAAGCUUGCUGUUAGGAGAACCUUAUCACAAAGUUGCUUGUACUUAACGCCGAUGCGGAUCACUCCUGCUCGAAACCAAUAUUUCCAUACCACAGUUUUUAGGUCAAAGGCGCAAUCUGCUCCUGUUCCUCGUCCUGUUCCACUCUCCAGGUUGACUGACAGCUUCUUGGAUGGGACAAGCAGUGUUUAUCUUGAAGAGUUGCAGAGAGCGUGGGAGCAGGAUCCCAAUAGCGUCGAUGAAUCAUGGGACAAUUUUUUUAGGAACUUUGUUGGCCAGGCCACCACCUCGCCUGGAAUUUCUGGCCAAACAAUUCAAGAGAGUAUGCGGUUGAUGUUGCUUGUGAGAGCUUACCAGGUUUAUGGUCAUAUGAAAGCCAAGUUGGAUCCAUUAGGUUUGGAAGAGAGGCCUAUUCCAGAUGAUCUAGAUCCAGCCCUUUAUGGAUUUACAGAAGCUGAUCUUGACAGAGAAUUCUUCAUUGGUGUUUGGAGAAUGUCAGGGUUCUUGUCUGAGAACCGUCCAGUGCAAACCUUAAGGGCAAUAUUGAAAAGACUAGAACAGGCUUAUUGUGGAAAUAUUGGCUAUGAAUACAUGCAUAUAGCUGAUCGUGAAAAGUGUAACUGGCUGAGAGACAAAAUUGAGACUCCAACACCAACUCAGUACAGUCGCCAGCGGCGUGAGGUGAUCCUUGACCGUCUUAUUUGGAGUUCACAAUUUGAAAACUUCUUAGCAGCAAAAUGGACUGCAGCCAAGAGAUUUGGACUUGAAGGUUGUGAGACAUUGAUUCCUGGCAUGAAGGAGAUGUUUGACAGGUCAGCCGAUCUUGGUGUAGAGAGUAUUGUCAUUGGGAUGUCGCACAGAGGAAGGCUGAAUGUUCUUGGUAAUGUUGUCCGGAAACCACUUCGGCAGAUCUUUAGUGAGUUUAGUGGUGGUACAAAACCUACGGAUGAGGUCGGCCUUUACACUGGAACUGGUGAUGUUAAAUAUCAUUUGGGAACUUCUUAUGACCGUCCAACAAGAGGGGGUAAGAGAAUUCACUUGUCCCUCGUUGCAAAUCCUAGUCACUUAGAAGCCGUGGACCCUGUUGUGGUUGGGAAAACUAGAGCCAAACAGUAUUACUCUAAUGAUGUUGACAGAACAAAGAACAUGGGUGUUUUGAUUCAUGGAGAUGGUAGUUUUGCUGGACAAGGUGUUGUGUACGAGACCUUGCAUCUUAGUGCUCUUCCAAAUUACACAACUGGAGGUACCAUUCACAUAGUGGUCAACAAUCAAGUAGCAUUCACUACUGACCCCAGAUCGGGAAGAUCUUCGCAAUAUUGUACAGAUGUUGCCAAAGCUUUGAGUGCUCCAAUUUUCCAUGUCAAUGGUGAUGAUGUAGAAGCAGUUGUUCAUGUCUGUGAACUUGCAGCAGAGUGGCGUCAGACAUUCCAUACUGAUGUUGUGGUCGACAUCGUCUGCUAUCGUCGGUUUGGCCACAAUGAAAUUGAUGAGCCAUCAUUCACUCAACCAAAGAUGUAUAAGGUUAUCCGGAAUCAUCCUUCAGCACUUCAGAUUUACCAAAACAAACUUCUAGAAUCUGGUCAGGUUACAAAAGAAGACAUUGAUCAGAUAAACAGCAAAGUCCUUUCAAUUCUCAAUGAAGAAUUUCUGGCCAGCAAAGACUAUGUACCUCAAAGAAGGGACUGGCUUUCAGCUUACUGGUCUGGAUUCAAGUCUCCCGAACAGCUCUCACGCAUUCGUAACACUGGUGUCAAACCAGAGAUUUUGAAAAAUGUUGGCAAGGCUAUUACAACUCUUCCAGAAAAUUUUAAGCCUCAUAGAGCAGUGAAGAGGAUUUUUGAAGACCGUGCAAAGAUGAUUGAGACAGGUGAGGGUAUUGACUGGGCAGUGGGAGAAGCACUUGCUUUUGCAACCUUGCUUGUAGAAGGAAAUCAUGUCAGAUUGAGUGGACAGGAUGUCGAACGAGGUACUUUCAGCCAUAGGCAUUCUGUUAUUCAUGAUCAAGAAACCGGGGAAAAAUACUGCCCCUUAGACCAUGUUAUGAUGAACCAAAACGAAGAGAUGUUUACUGUGAGCAACAGCUCUCUGUCAGAGUUUGGAGUUUUGGGUUUUGAAUUAGGUUACUCAAUGGAAAAUCCGAAUUCUCUGGUACUCUGGGAAGCCCAAUUUGGUGAUUUUGCCAACGGGGCUCAGGUGAUAUUUGACCAAUUCUUGAGCAGUGGGGAGGCGAAAUGGUUGCGUCAAACUGGACUGGUUGUCCUGCUACCUCAUGGAUAUGAUGGACAAGGCCCUGAACACUCAAGUGCUCGUUUGGAACGUUUCCUUCAGAUGAGUGAUGAUAAUCCCUAUGUGAUUCCUGAGAUGGAUCCAACCCUUAGGAAACAAAUUCAGGAAUGCAAUUGGCAAGUGGUGAAUGUAACUACUCCUGCAAAUUAUUUCCAUGUUUUGCGGCGCCAAAUACAUAGGGAAUUCCGUAAACCUCUAAUUGUGAUGUCACCAAAGAACUUACUUCGUCACAAGGAUUGUAAAUCUAAUUUAUCCGAGUUUGACGAUGUUCAAGGUCACCCAGGUUUUGACAAGCAAGGAACAAGAUUUAAACGCCUUAUAAAGGACCAAAAUGAUCACUCAGAUCUUGAAGACGGUAUCAGACGUCUGAUUCUGUGCUCAGGAAAGGUUUACUAUGAGCUCGACGAAGAGAGGAAAAAAGUUAAUGGAAAGGACAUUGCGAUUUGUAGGGUCGAGCAGCUUUGUCCCUUCCCUUAUGAUCUCAUCCAACGAGAGCUGAAGCGAUAUCCAAAUGCAGAAGUUGUCUGGUGUCAGGAAGAGCCAAUGAACAUGGGCGCAUACAACUACAUUUCUCCACGCCUUGGCACUGCAAUGAAAGCACUCGGUAGAGGUACUUUGGAAGACAUCAAGUAUGUCGGGCGUGCUCCAUCUGCAGCCACAGCUACUGGCUUUUACCAAGUUCAUGUAAAAGAGCAAACUGAACUCGUGCAGAAAGCCAUGCAGCCUGAUCCAAUUAAUUAGCGAGUUUCAAUUGAAUAUAUUUGGUGAUUGAGUGGAUACAUCUUUGGUUCAUUUUUCCACAAACUCUGAAGUGGCCAUACUUGAACUGUUACUUUUAUGAGAAUAAAAGUACUGCCCGAGCUUAAUGUUGUGAAAUAACUUCGACAUGAGUGUGUGUAUAAAGCUCUGAAGGAGCAGAUUAACAUCAUGUAACACCAUCUUUGAUUCUUUUCACCUUUAUAAAUGGUGAUUUGUUUUUGGGGUUUGUGAAUGUCUAUCUGGAUACUCUCUAGGUUGGCUUA